AUUACUUUGUUUAUUUUUCGUUUUCUAUACUAGUUUUUGCAGACUAUUUUUCUAAACUUAUUAUUUAUUCUGACUCUUAUUCUUCUUUUUUUUAGAUUUAUUUUUUUAAAAUUUCUUAAAAUUCAGCUAAAAAUUCAUCUUAUUCUAUUUCCUAUUUUUCUAAUUUGCUUUUCGAACUUAUAUCAUAUUAAUUUUAUUAACUCAUAUUAAAAAUACCUUUAUUUUGCUCAUUUUGUUAUUAUUUUUAUGAUUUAAUUUUGUUUUAUUUGAUAUUUUCUUCUUAUAUUUAUUCAGAUGAAGAUAUAAUAAUUUAAUGCUACUCUUAGUUAAUAUUUUGAUUUAAAUCUUAAUGAGAAUCUUUUUAAUUAAAGUUUGUAGUUACUUAUUCAUUUUUAUUAAAUGAAUUAUUUUGCGAUUAAAGUGUUUGUAUUUUUGAUUAUAUUUCUUGUUCUUAUAAUGUGUUCGUUGCACUUAAUGGUAUAUUUUUUAUAUAUUUUGAUUUAAUUGUUUUAUUUUUUGUU